UACUUUUAUCCGGUGGCUUGACUCAGCAGUCCGCUCUUAUCUUCGACUAAUAAUCUCUGUCUCGGAGUCAUCACCCCCAAAAUCUGGGAUCUCAUCUCUCUCUCUCUCUCUCUCUCUCUCUCUCUCUCCUGGCAACGGUAUGGCUUAGAUUUCUCGCUCAUCAGCUCCGGGAAUCCGGCAUAGGAGCUCUUUUACGGUGAUCUUGAACCCCCUUUUGCUUAUCAAGUUCCGUUCAACCUCCCAAAGCGGAUCCACAAGAGUUUCCGGAACUAGCAGAACAUCCGCAUCACGCUCAAAGAGGGGGACUGAACUGGAUGGAGAGUGCAGAACCGGUUCAGCCAAGCUACUGCAAGGGCCGACCGGUCCAAAGUUGGGCUAGGUUCGAUCAGACAGGAAGUUCAUCUGCUGUGGCUGGAGCCUGAAUAUAUCCAUGCUGGUGGCAAAGCGGUACCGCUGCACCCACUCAUCAACAUGUGCGUGCACUAAAGGCCAUCUGAGUGAGGAUGCACUAUUCCUCGUAUUUCAGCACCAGAAUUGGAAUCCCAGAUUGAUCGCUACUCUGUCUUGUGUUUGCAAAUGGUUUAACGAUAUAUCCAAACGGGUUCUCUGGAAAGAAUUCUGCAGAGCCCGUGCACCGAAGAUGAUGCUAGACUUGCAAUCUAGUGGAAGCCACAGUGCUGAUGGAAAUUGGAAGGCGCUUGCGAAGCUUUUAAUCUAUUGUUCUGGUUGUAGCAAAGGUGGCCCUUUGAAUAGCUCACCUAUUCCAGGUCACUUUGUCUAUAGGACACGGUUUUCAAUGACAUCAGGCAAAAGCUUUCUCAUUCCUCAGUGCAGAACAGAUGUCCUCUAUGUCUCAGACCCUUGUGAGCAUCUUGACCAAGGAGAGGAUGGUGAUUUAGGGUUUUUCCGGGGAAUCUUCAAGUCAUUUUCUGUUUCAAAAGUCAGGAAGAUGCUGAUCGACAAGGGUGCCAAACUCCAUAAGACUGAGCUCUGUCCAUUUUGUAAGGCAAAAAUGUGGAGCAUGCUACAGGCCAAAAUGGUGCCAAAGAGUGCAUGCAACAGGUUGGGUGCUUAUGAGGACUGCAUAGAUUAUUAUGUUUGCCUUAAUGGCCAUAUGCUUGGCAUUUGCACUUUGUUACCAUUAUCCGAUUCUGAGGAGGCGUCAGAACUAGAGUGAUACUUGGUUGUUCUACUUUUCUAGUCAAAUGAUUUUUUGUUAUUACUGCAUCAUGACACCAUUCAAGCCAAAUUUGUAAAGAUGUUGAGAUUGGUUGGUCUCGUUGUUUUAUGAAGAUGGCUGAGUUUGAAACUAUAGGCAGGCAAGAGGAAAUUUUUCUUUGGUAUUUGUUUUCUCGCUCAGAAUUCUGUCUGUGCUAAUUCUUGUCGAGAGAAUCAUAUUGACCAUAUUGUAAAAGUUGUACUGCAUUCUCUAUAAAUGUAUAGUUUGUGAUCUAC